CAUCAGUGACAACGCCGUCCUCCAAUAGGACGUUACGAGGGAAAGUCUCAGUCUGUAGCGUUUACUCGUCUUACUAAGAAGGUUUAAAAACUUAAAGCAGCUACAGCAAUGGAAAGGAACCGAGUCAAAAUGCCUGUCUGACAUUAAGAGACAUAUAAGAUGCCCAGCUUAGUGUCCUGCCCCAGAGGUCUAAUAUUGAUUAGGAUCCUCAUUUUCUCCUGCGUCCACAUCAACUCUGAGAUCUUGAGCAAUGAAGUUUCAGACGUACAGUUUGGCUUUCUGGGUUCCACCGUGACGCUGACCUGCAGAGACUCUCACCCAGGGUUUGCAGUGGUAUGGACACAUAACGGGAGCUUAGUGAGGACGAGGCAGACUCACUCCUCAGACGGCACUCUGACUCUCACCAACACCACACGCAGCAUGGAGGGUAACUACAGCUGCCACGAGCCCAGGGGACGAGUCUUACUGCAGAGCAUCACACUGCGGCUGGGCUACGCCCCAGAAUAUCUGAGCGUUUCCUGUAAACUGCCAAGUCACUUCAAAAUUCUGUGCACGUGGACACAAAGAGUGAGGACACACUUACCCACAAAGUACAUCUCCUCCUACAGUGUGGAUAACAGCAGGCCGGAACCCUGUGAACAAGAGUCAAUGGAGGUGAACGAGUGUGCCAUCAGCAACCCUACGUUCUGGGCCAGCAAACACCUGGUGAACAUCACGGAAGUGAAUCCGCUCGGCUCCAAAUCCACCAUUGCUUACGUGGACGUCAACAAGAAUUUAAAGCCUGAUGCUCCUGAGGAGUUGAUCUGCGAGCAAGUGAAUGACGAGCCCACGCGGCUUUUAGUACGGUGGAAGCCGCCCACCUCGUGGCCCUCAGACACAUCCGUCGCCUUUCCACUGAAGUUCGAGCUGCAGUACAAACCUGUCGGCUCCAAAUUCUGGUCCAAGAUGGAGACUGAGGAGACGAGUAUGGUGAUCAUGGACGCCCUGAUGGGUCACUUACACCACAUCAGAGUACGAGCUCAGGAUGCUUUCAUUAACCACAGCCAGUGGAGUGAAUGGAGUCAGGUGGUGCAGGCCCAGCCUUGGAGCGACCCUUCCAUGAUUCCCGAAGCCACCACGGAUAAUGUUUUCGAGCCGAUCUUCCCGUCCACGUUUCCAGUGAAGGCAACAGAGAAGUCUGCAGAUCCAUCAUUUGAAGAAAAUGGAAGUCAGGUCUUGAUCAUCCUUGGUUUAUUGGCAGCAGUGAUGGUGGUGGUUGUGUUUACUAUCACAGUCCUACUAUGUGUGAGGAACAGGAGGCGGGGCAAUGUGACAAAACAGGAAUUAACCUCAAUGGUGAAGAUGAAGUCCUUGCUAAUCUAAAAUGUUCAGGUUGGCCUCGUCUUUUUCAGCCCUCAUAGGGCUUCAUCAUAGGGAGUCAUGGCCACUGCAGCGCUACAUGUCCACAUUACAAUACCCUGUUUCACUUUUGUCCUAUCGCUGCUUGGGGAAUUGGCUCCUUUCAGCGGAGUUCUGAAUCCCAGAAACUGUGAACCCUUCCAGCUCUACCCUUCUAAUGUAGCACAACUUAAAACAACACAACACAGUUACUGGCUUUCAUUGUUUGACGUGCAGUGCAAACUUUGCCAGCUUUGGACCAGGACAUUUUAACUCGACGUGUCUGCACUUAUCUGUCGCUUCAGUUUUUCCGCACAGACUCGUGCCAUUUGGCUGCAGUGACACUUGGAACGCUGUGAAGAAAGAAAAUAUAAGCAGUUAUGGGUCGUGUUUUGGGCAUUAAGAAUAAAGUUGGCAUUCUCUACAUUUCAAUGCAAGGGACAGAGCUCCCAAACCUGAACAUAGCUGCUAUAUGCGGAUGAGAGGCAUUCUGCAGCCCGUCGACUGAGGAAAGACAAGCAGUUCAAGAGUUUCUAUUCUGUUCACAUUAAGAUGAAGAUUUCUGCGUCACGUCAUUUCUUCAGUCUUUAAAGCCUUAUCGUUCUUAUAAAAAAAAAAAAAAAAACACAGGCUUGAUUUGAUUUUGACCCAAAUUUGCCUUUGAUAUCUAAUAACUUCAGCAAGAAAACGGAAUCUCUCAUUUUAUUGUCGUAGGCAGGGCCAAUAAUAACCAUCCUCUUGACCUCUUGGGCAGUACGUUGGCAUCCUACAGACCACACAACAUAUUGGCGCUCUGAUUCAGUGUGGUUUAAUAGUUUUUACUUACCUCUUGCUUUGGGAAAAUCACCCAGCGUGGAAACAGAAAGUGAACGUAACUACUUGGCCUUAUAUUAAUACACCCACUCAGGACAUAACCACAGCCAGAACAGGACCGGCUUCAAGUUUCUAGUGAGUCAGUGGACUGCGCUGUCCUGUACUUUUCAGCACGUUCACUUUUCACAUGGAAAUCCGAUCAGCUUGGAGGUCUGCUGAUGGUUCGCUUAGACGCUGAUUAGCAUUUAAUGUGCAUGAACUAAGGCAGCAGGAUCAGUUGCAGCUCAUGUUUUUUUAACCCGUGUUCAUACUGGCAAAUGACGACGUGACCAGAACCUUUGAAGCUCUAUGACAUGAAAACAUGCCAUGUUUAGAUUCAAACCUUCAACAUUAAAUUUAGAUUUAAAUCCAUUUCAUGCUGAAUAGUUCUGAUGUGAUCAACUGGUACCAGACAGAUGAGUGUUUAGCAGUCCUCUGGCUCUGGUUGAGUGUGUGCGCUCUUCACAAGUCCAGUGUCUGUCUUCAUGAGUUAACAGGAUAUAGUGGGGGGAAAAAAAAUCUCUUAACCAUCACAGAAGUGGACAUAUCAGUACCCUGGGUGCCUGGGAUAAGCAUUAUUUUUCCACCAUUAUUGUUUUUUUUAUUACAUUUUUAUUCCUAGGAUGGAUGAGUAGGUUCAAUAACCAGAAAAAGAGAACUUCACUUCCUGUUGAAUUUUGACAACAGUUUUCAUAUAGUAGAAACGUGCCUGCUGCUCUACACACACCGGCCCAGGUGCCGCAACCUGGCACUUUUUACUAGGUGGAUUAAUUAUUGUAAACAGCUGAGAGGUUAUAAAAUAAAAUGCCAGCACAACACAUAUAACAUCUUACAGUUAACCACAUCGAGCUGUUAGUCUGAAGCCAGGGUUGGUGUAUCAUCAAAUACAUCCAUCACCACAUUUGUCCAUUAAUCUAUUGUAAUAUUCUGUGAGGGUGCUUUCCAGUUUCCAUUUAAAACACACACACACACACACGUCUACUACUUUGGCCUGAAUCCUUGUUUGCCUUAACACGGACACACUGGCUUUAUUUGCACAGGAUGACAAAAAAAUUCACAGCAUUUCCCAACUGGUCCACCCAUAAAAAAAAAGCAAAAGACUUUCUAAAUUCAAGCUAAAGCAUAUUCCUGUAUAUGCAAAUUUUACAUGCAUAUUGUUUCUGUAUUAAAGCUUACAUUUACUGUUUUAUUAAUAUAGAUUUAUCGUAGGGUAUAUUAUUCUAUAAAAAUCUCUAUUAAAUAUAUGGAUUGUUUUUUUUUUUGUUUUUUUGUUUAUAACCUUUUCCAGUGUCAUAAAGCUUAAACAGUGCAUGUGUGCUUUCUGUGUCACUUCCUUUACAUAAUAUCCAUAAUAAGCACUAAUAUACUUACAGUUUUCACUGUGCAGAUUCACUAUUGUGAUGUAUCAAAUGAACUAUUUUCUAUGUAACAUGUGGGGUUUAUUUCCUGUCAGGGCUUUAGGUGUUAUAUUUAACAUCACCCUUUGUUGUGAGGCUUUAAAAACGACAUGCACGCAGUAUUCUGAAUAGUUUUGGAUGCGCUCUAGUGAACUGUGUUAUUACUGCUGGACAUUUCUGUUUCACAAUGAAACACCAUGGUGCAGAGACAAGGGUGGCUCAGGGGUGGUUAUGGAUAGGGAAAGGAACGAAUACUCCAAAUCUCCUUACUCUGAUCGAUUCCCAGAUCAUGGGAUAAAGAAUGUCUUUCAUUAGGGACACGUCAGCUUCACUUCUCAGUAAAGAUUCUCUCGCUCGUUUCUGUCUCUGUUGUAAGUCGCUUUGGAUAAAAGCCUCAAGCAAAUGAUGGAAUGUAAAUACACAGGUGCUUGCUAUGUUUAAGCUUGAGCUGUGAAUCCUUUAGCUCCAAAAAAAAAAAAGACUGGCAUGCAAAAUGGACAUGCUCUAAGAAACAUGUUUGAAUACAAGACUCCAGCUAGAAAAGCUUAAAACCGUCUGUCCUAAUGUCUUUUUUUUUUUUUUUCAACGAUUCAAACCGUUGAACAAUGAAGACUGGAAAAUAAAAUAUUUCUCCAAACUUAGAAUUUAGUCUCAUUCACCACAUCACCAGCUAUACUAAAGUUGCGAAAUAAAUCAUUUUUAAAUAAUUGUUAAUUAGGUUUUGAUUAUGUGACGCAUCCAUCAGAUAUUUCCUUAGAGAAACAAUAACUUAUAUAUAACCUGAGCUGUGAAUUACAACCAGCUUAACCAAAUGCAGUACACUGAAAACGCAGUCUCAGCUAGUUUAGAAGCCAGGUUCUGUGCGCAUGCUAGCAGUUCUGGGAUUUGACCUUGCAUUGCUCUGAUCCUUAACCACAGAGCCACCAUGUCUUGUGAGGCAGAUGAUGAGUGGGAUAUUAGAUAUGUUCAUACAUCAACAGACUGAUCGGACCGGGGUUAAUUCGGUGUGUAAUCCCACCUUGUCGUCUACAGUCCUUCACUCGAUCGAUUUAAAGUCGUACUUUAAAUCAUUGAGCUUGACUGGGAAGCGAGAGAGUGAAGCGUGGAAAGGAAACAAGGACGUGUUCUUAUUUUGGAUAAAACUCAUCUGCCAAAUUCAUGCAUCUACAAUCCAGCAUAUACUGUAUGUAUGAUUUAUAGUGUCUCAAAAGUGAUGAGGGCCACUUUAUGCUGACUGUAUCCACGUUAUCCAGUUUAAUCACUAAUCAGUGCUUUUGGAGUGUUCGGAACCAAACUUUACCUGGUUAGUCCUCAGUACUGUACAGUACAUCUUUGUAGCUCUCUACAGGAAUUCAUUUACAUUUACGGCAUUUCACAGACCCCCUUAUGCAGAGUGACUUAAAUUUAUCUUAAUCAAACGGCUGAGCAAUUGAGGCAUAAGGGCCUUGCUCAGUGGCCCAGGAGCAGCAGCUUGGAGACCCUGGGGUUCAAGCUCGUGACCUUCCGAUCAGUAGUCCAACACCUUAAGCACUGAACUAACACAUCCUCAGAAGGGAAAACCUUUAUGUGUCUUCAAGUAAUGAAUUCGCAGGUUGGCGAUGAUGAGAUAUUCUGAAUAAAAUCACUGUGUUAUCUGCAAAAUUAUAAAUUGUAUGGAUGUCACACAGCAGUUGAUGAAUGCUUCAGAGAAAACUACUAAAAAAGUUUAAUCUUCUUUUCCAUUUAAGACCUUCAGUGUUAAACCAUUAAUUCUUACUUAAUACCUUCUGUCAUUUGGAUAGCCUUGAUAGACUGUGUGUUAUGGUAACCAUGACAACACUCACUAAUACCGCAGUAACAAUUCAGUGGUUAAGAUGCUGAAUUACUGAUCAGAAGGUUGUGAGUUCAAAUCCCAAAGUUACCAAGCUGCCAUAAUUGGGCCAGUGAGCAAGCUGCUUAAAUUUAUAAAUGCUGCCAAAUAUUGUUAAUAAAAGCCCACACUGAUGUGCAAUCUGACACUGUGUGGUGUGUCUGGAUACACAGGAAAACUCACACGCCGUAGUCGUUGCUCUGGAACAACAGCACCACGACUCAGCUCUCGUUCCCCAAACACGGAUCAGGAUACUCAAGUCGCGUGCAUGUCUUGACUUGGUUUGAUUUAAAGCGUGACUUUAAAGCUUUUUUUUUUGUUUUGGCGCCUGACUCUGUUUUUGAUGGGUUUGUGCUUCUCCGUCAACCUAAACAUUCAAAUUAAGAUCGAUGUGAAUCAUUUCACUAUAGUAACAUUUCACAGUAAACUGUGUCAGAUCCUUUCACUUGGCAUUCUUACAGAACCUGUGCUUAAGUGUCGUCACCUUUAACGUUUAAAGUCUUUAGUGCUUUUGUUGUGUUAUGGCUUGCUUUGUGUGUGAUGACAUGAUAAACUCUUGAAGCGCAGGUGGUGAAAACAAAGACGAUGAGAAAUGUAUGUAUAGUAUAUUCUGCUUUUGUGUACAAUAUAAGCUGGUUUAUUACUCGUUGGUUCAUAUUCUUGUGAAAUAAAGUUAUUUUAUCACAA